CCCGCCCGCCCGCCCACCAGUGCAGCUCCAGCUCCAGCUCCCCACGGGCCGCAGCCCGCCCACCAGUGUAGCUCCAGCUCCAGUGCAGUGCCAGCUCCCCACGGGCCGCGCCGGACCUUGGACUCAGGCCGCUUUGCAGCCCUCCAGUCGCUGGAGCUCCUCACGGACAUCGCCAGGGACUCGGGCCCGGACCGCGGCCCGCAGUUAGUCGAGCUCCUCACGGACCAGGCCGGGGUCACUCACAGGCCUUAGCUUCGGGUCGCAUCGAGCUCCUGCUGGGCCUGGGCCUUGGACUCGGGCCGCUCACAUCACUGCCCGCCACAGCCGACAUGUCGGGGCCGGUGGAUCCGGACGAAUCGUUCGACUUUCUCUUCAAGGUGGUUUUGAUCGGAGACGCCGGCGUCGGCAAGACGUGCGUGGUGCAGCGCUUCAAGUCGGGCAUCUUCGUGGAAAGACAGGGCAACACGAUCGGGGUGGACUUCACCAUGAAGACGCUGGAGAUCCAAGGCAAGCGGGUGAAGUUGCAGAUAUGGGAUACAGCUGGACAAGAACGAUUUAGAACGAUUACACAGAGUUAUUAUCGAAGUGCUAAUGGUGCAAUUAUCGCUUACGACAUUAGCAAAAGAGGAACGUUUGAAUCUGUGCCACGGUGGAUAGAAGAUGUGAAGAAGUAUGCAGGUUCAAACAUUGUACAGUUAUUAAUUGGUAACAAGUUUGAUCAGAGUGAUAACCGAGAGGUUGAAUACCAAGAUGCCCAAACUCUUGCAGAUCACUAUGACAUAGUGUCUGUAUUAGAAACAUCUGCCAAAGAUUCUAGCAACGUGGAAGAGGCUUUUAUAAAAAUGGCCACGGAGCUAAUGUUGAGGCACGGUGGGCCGAUGUUCACUGAAAAAGCAACAGAGAACAUCAAAUUGAAUAGCAAGGACGUGAAUGAAGGAUGGGGGUGUAGCUGCUGAUGUCGCCCUUUAACUUUAGGUUCUGCAUCUCAUUUUCAGUCAGAAGGAUAAACCACAAAUGUGGUGUCGAUCAAUUGGAGCCUGUAACAUUUUAGUCAUGUGUUCUUGAAGACUUAUGAACGUGCCCAUUCCUCCCAUUUGAAGCUGACAAUCCAGUUAUCACUGAUCAUGAGGUUUCGACAUUCCAUGUUCUUUGAAAUUCCAAUGAGAAUCGUGGUCCAACUGCCUUAACUACUGAUACUGAACAAUCAUUUCCUCUACCAGCCCUCUUUUGUAAUUAAUUUUAUAGUUCUGAACAGAAUAUUUUGCAGAAAAUAUCUGAACAUUUCAAAUGUGAACAUAUAAUCAAAAUUUAAUUAGGACUAAUGUGGGACUGCUUUAGAUUAAAUAAAACUGCUUGGAAGUAGUGGGGGUGGGGGGGGGGAGGUAACUAUUUUUCUUUUGCAUAUCUAUUGUUGCCUUACGAUUAAAAAUGCAUUCCAGCUAUUUCAUGUGCCAGUUCUGUAUUGGGAAAUCCUAGUAGAACUAUGAAUAUUGUUCUUUUAAAAUCAGCUCAUGCUUUAUCGUGUGGUAUUGUGUACUUGUCUGACCUACUUUUAUAGGUAGUGAUUUAAUCCAAAACUUGAAUCAAAUGUAUCGCUAUAGUAAUUACGUUUUGAAAGCUAUUGCGCACCCUUUAUUCAGUGUUUUGUGGCCCACAACAGACUUGGCUGUUUUGUUGCUCCCAAGACAACGUGGUUCUCACUUUUGAUUGGACAUUAUUGGAAGUGAAGGCUUGAGCUAACCUAGCAUCUGAAAUUACAACUCUGGGUAUUGUGCUUUGUGAUGCGUGGUUUUACAUGGAAUCUGGAUCGGUGCUAACCUUAUUAUUGAUUCCGAGUACACGGUUUGUAUUGAUAAGAACAAAGCAUUCGACAGCAGACAAUACUGAUGAGGUAUUUGACUUCCAUUUGCAAAAUGCCAGCAGGGAAAAUCUCCCAGAAAAAGCAUUGUGCACUUUAUAUAUUUUGGUUUUUUUUAAAAAGCAAGUUCCAUGUUAACAGCAAAAAUUGGUUCUGAAUCUGUUGUUAAACAUGAUUUAUUUUUGUGUGGGGGUACUACAGUGAUGGUGGGGGAACUGAAUUUUUUUAAUUGACUGCAUUGCCCAACAAUGUCCUAAAACUAAUCUUGAUUUUAUUGAAAAUGACAGCACUAUUUUCUGAUGACACAUAUUUUAGACCAAUAGUAAUAUUUCAUUAUUCAUACCAAAGAAUGCAAUUAGUCAGAGGACCCAUUGGAUGCAGUUAGAUACAUUAUUUUCCAGAAGGCAAUUAAAUACAACUUUUUUAUGCUUGUAAUGAAAUAAUGGAAUUCUGAUAUUUUAAUAACUGGGUGAAGUGUAGUGCCUGCAAUAUUUAACUAUAUAUGGAAUUUUUUGCACAGAUUGUUGUACUAACAUCUAGUUUAUUAAUAAUAUUUUUAAUGUAGAUAUACCGAUUCAAAACUUUACUAGUAUUACUUCUCUUUAAUUUAAAUAUAAAUAUCCUAUGGCAAUAUAAUUGUUCUGUAGUGCAAUCCUUUAAUCAAUCCUAACCAGUAAUAGUUUAUUGAGGAUAAAAUAGGUUUUUGGUGAUCUGUGCUAAAUGCACUUAGAACUGUCCACCAGUUUUACCUUCCAUUCACAUCAACCAUAUUGAACACAUCUCUUCCCCUCCCCCCACGUGCACACACAUUUUUGUUAAUGCUAUAUUGUUUUUCUUUGCCCCAUCAAUUCUGGUAUCUAUUUCUGCCAACUGCCAACCAACUUCUGUACAAAAGUAAUGCUUGGGAUUUUCAGUUCAUCUCCUUGUGAGGGAUAAACUUGCAGUAAACGGAUUGUCAUGGGAAAUGGAGACAUUAAUUCAAGAAGGAUUGCUUUUCUAAGUUUGGGAGUAGUGCUACUGGGGUGGAAUUUUUGUGUGUCUGGCAUGACGUGUCACAAAUGCCAAUAAAGAUCUGAUUUUAGCUCCCAGUGAGAGGAGACAAUCUUCCUACCACGCUUUGUGUAAAUGCUGCCUGUUUCAAAAUGAGAGGCAGCUGGCAACAUGCAAGUCAGUGCAAAAUGGCUGGUGGUAUAACGGCCUGGUUCAUAAAGAUGAGGCUGUACAACAAAAGGACCAAGCAUUCCUUACAGAAAUCAGAGGUGUUACGAUUUACUCCUAGAGUCGCCACGGAAAUUUAGAUAUGAUUUAUCUUCCUUGGUUACCCCAGUAGCUUCCAAACUGAGAGCUCAUGUUAGAUGCCUUGGUCAGAAGGUUAAAUUCUUAGGCUCCCAUAUUUGCUGGGAAGUUGGUGGGAGCUAGACUCACUAUCAAAAUAGUAGUGUUAAACUGAUGCAUUGGUAGGUAUUGAGUUGCUCCGUUUUACUAUACUAACAUAAAACGUGCCCAAGUUGCCUGAUUGAGCUGAAUGUCAUUCUAGACAGUACAAUAAGGUAGCAAAUCAAACUAGUGUACUAGAUGUUUAGUUAUCUACAGCCAUUCAUUUCUGUCAUCCAUACUAUUGUCCUUGGUUAUAACGGUGACAGAUGAUCAAUGAGGUUUUCUCCGAGUAUUAUCAUUAGCACAAAAUGGAGGCUGUUGGAUUGAUUUUGUGACCAGUUUAUUGUAAAAAUGUGCCAAUCUUCAAUGCAUAAAGCCUAUCUAAUUUAUCCAUAAAUUGAAAGAAAUCUCUCACGUUUGAAUUCUUUUCAGCUGAGUGUUUACAGUUCAUUCUUUAAAAAAAAUCGGGUUUCUGCAUUCUUGAGAAUGCAUAUUCAUAGUUCUUAAUUAUGUGUCACAGAGCAGGUAAAGAUAACCUUUAAUAAUAUUUACAAUAUUUUCUAGAAUCCUAUUAUAAUAUUUCCUUUGUGUUAAUGUUUUUUAAAGCAAGUUUUUUUUAAUUCAUAAAUUCUAGUGGAACUUGCACAUUGUGAUAUUAAGCAAAUAUCUUAACAGUUUUCUAGAGCGGAAAGUAAUAAACACAAAAUCUAGUUAAAUUUUAGCCCUUGCUACAUUCAAAAUUGCCAGACCAAAUAUUCCAGAACUAAUACAGCACUUUAUUACCAAUGUUAACAAAAAGAUGUAGAUAAGGGCUCCAUAAUAGGCAUCUAGUGGUCACUAGUCUUUUGUAUUCAUUUUUACCUUUUAUAAAGGUUCCUGUUUAGUUGUGUAGGAUAAAUGUGUCAAAAUAUCACAAGAAGAGGGGAGGAGGGAAACAUGAGAAGAAUUUUAAAGACUUGUUCUAUGUACACAUGGUACCACAAGGGAGCUAAUGGUCUUUAUUAUGAACUUCAAAACUUAUAACGUUUUUUCAUAAAUUAAAAGCAAAACGUACAAUUAAUAAAGGCCAGUUCUAAACUGGAUCUUAAGUUUUUUGGAGUAAACUGCUAUCCUGGGAUAAUUUGAAAUGUUUGGUGCUGUGAGUAGAUCAAUGGUAAGCCCAGUUUUUUUGUUGAAAUAAAUCUCAUCACUUGUCCCUCUAUCGUUUCACACGGUGGCUAACUUGCACCGAGUACGCUCAUGAUUCUUGAAAAGCAAAAUGUCAGCAAUUGACUGGUUCUGUACUGGCAGUAAUUUAAUAAAGGGCUUAAAGAAACAAUGUGCAACCAGAUAUUUUAACAAUGAGCUCAUCGUAUGCAGUCUGCACUGCCUUAUAGUUAACCAUAGGGAUAUGCUCUCGUGUAUUGAACCCAUUUUGAUAGAAUAUGUUAUGUCAGGUGGGGGAUCAAACAAUGUAAUUAUGUUACCUGCUGCUCCAACUUGAUCACUUGAAAUAUUUUACACAUUUGUUUCUCCCUCUUCUUGGGUUCUAGUACCUGUAUAUCUUUUACAUUUUAUAUAUUGUCUAUACUUGUAAAACAUGUAGGCUGAAUAAUACAGAUUAAUUUGGUCAACAGAUUUCCUAAGAAAAAUGAGUGAAGUUGCCUAUUGAGGCUUAUUAUUGUAAAUUUUUCUUGGAUUAAAAUAAAUUUUGGGCAUUUAGUAUAUGUGUUAUUCUUGAUUGUGUAGUAAGCUCUGCAAAUAUUUGAGCUUCUCCAUCAAAAAUACUUCUUCAUAAACAGGAAGAAUAUUUCUGGAUUAUCUGCUUGUCUGGUCUUGGUGAAAUUGUAUUUCAUCCACUGGUGCUUUACACGUUGGAUCCUCAAAGCUGACUGAGCAAACCCCUUUAAUGUUUUCCAAGUAUCCUGUCAUUGUACCUUUUACAAUAAAUUGUAGCAUUUCCUCCA